AUGGAUGUAAAUCAGGUCCUUGAGGCCACCCUCUCUCCAGAUGCCACUACUCGUCAGAAUGCGGAGCUGCAGUUGUCUCGAGCAGCAGAAGCUGAUUUCUCCGGCUACUUGACUACCUUGUCAAACGAGCUAGCUAACGAACAAGCUCGCCCUCACAUUCGACAAGCUGCUGGUAUUGCUCUCAAGAACGCGUUUUCUUCUCGUGACACUGGGCGCCUGCGUGAAAUACAAGCACGAUGGAUCCAACAACUAGAGCCUCCGAUCAAGAAACAAGUCAAGGACCAAGCAUUACAGACUCUCAACGCAAAUUCGAUGGCAGGGACAUCAGCAGCACAGCUGAUAGCCUCCAUAGCCGCCAUUGAGCUGCCGCGGAAUGAAUGGCCCGAGCUGAUGCCCGCUUUGGUUCAUAACGUUGGUAACGGAUCAGACAGUCUGAAGCAGAGUAGCUUGACCACAAUCGGGUUCAUUUGCGAGAGCGACGACGUCGAUCUGAGGGAUGCUCUGGUGGCACAUUCUAAUGCCAUUCUGACCGCUGUUGUGCAGGGCGCCAGAAAAGAGGAGCCGAAUAACGACGUCCGAAAUGCUGCGCUCUCUGCCCUGGGUGACGCUACAGAAUUUAUUAGAACGAACUUUGACAACGAAGGGGAACGAAAUUACAUUAUGCAGGUCAUUUGCGAGUCUACACAGUCCGAUGACUCAAGGAUACAAGCAGGUGCAUUUGGCUGUCUUAACAGGAUUAUGGGCGUAUACUACGAUAAGAUGCGGUUCUACAUGGAGAAGGCGCUCUUCGGCUUGACGAUCAUGGGCAUGAAGAGCGACGAAGAGGAUGUGGCUAAACUGGCAAUCGAAUUCUGGUGCACUGUUUGUGAAGAAGAAAUCAGCAUUGAGGAUGACAACCAACAGGCGCAACAAGAAGGCUCACAGGAACUGCGACCAUAUUUCCAGUUUGCUAGAGUCGCUGGUCGGGAAGUCAUACCGGUGCUCUUACAGCUGCUCACUAAAGUCGACGAAGACGAUGGAGAGGAUGACUACAAUGUCGCUCGUGCUGCGUAUCAAUGUCUACAGCUCUACGCACAAUGUAUUGGAGGAGAAGUCAUUGCUCCGGUCCUGGAAUUUGUGGAAGCAAACCUUCGGAGUGAAGACUGGCAUAGACGCGAUGCUGCAGUCUCAUCCUUUGGCGCCAUUAUGGACGGGCCCGAUGUGAAGAUCCUGGAUCCACUCGUAAAGCAAGCACUUCCGGUCCUGAUCAGCAUGAUGGACGAUCAGGUUAUUAUGGUCAAAGAUUCAGCUGCCUUUGCUCUGAGCAGGAUAUGCGACUUUUGUUCUGAUACCAUCGAUCCGGAUACUCAUCUCCAACCACUAAUGUCUGCUUUGUUCAAUGGUUUGAUGAGCAGUCCUAAGAUGGCGUCGUCCUGCUGCUUAGCACUUAUGAACCUAACAGAAAGAUUCGUUGGCGAUGAUGGAGCAUCUUCAAACCCUCUUACUAAGCACUUUCAAGACAGUAUCUCAUCACUUCUGGCGGUGACAGAGAAGGAAAGCGCAGAUAACCAACUUCGAACGGCUGCCUAUGAAGUGCUGGGUGGUUUUGUCACGAACGCUGCUAAUGACAGCUUGCAGAUUGUUGCUGGCCUGUCGGAAGUGAUCCUGUCACGACUUGAGGCUACCAUUCCAAUGCAGCAGCAGAUUGUGAGUGUGGAAGACCGAAUCACCCUCGAAGAGCUCCAAACCAGUCUAUCAAGCGUGCUCCUCUGUAUCAUCCAGCGACUGGAGCAGAACAUAGCCCCUCAAGCAGAUCGCAUAAUGCAAGUCAAUCUGCAAGUCCUGAAUACUGUUCCAGCCAAGUCUAGCGUGCCUGAUACGACCUUCGCAGUUGUGGGUGCCCUUACAAACGCUCUCGAGGAAGACUUCUUAAAAUACAUGGAGUCAUUCACACCAUACCUCUACAACGCUCUUGGUAACCAAGAAGAACCAGGCCUCUGCGCAAUGGCAAUCGGACUUGUCAGCGAUGUUGUUCGUGCUUUGGGAGAAAAAUCCCAGCCAUACUGCGACCCCUUCAUGAACUACCUCUUGAACAAUCUUCGCUCUAACACUCUGAGUAACCAACUCAAGCCAAGCAUCCUUGAGACGUUCGGCGAUAUUGCGCAAGCAAUCGGUACUCACUUCGAGACAUAUCUUACUGUUGUUGCUCAAGUUCUCCAACAAGCAGCUGGAGUAACAGUUGCGCAAGACGUCUCCUACGAUAUGCUUGACUACAUUAUUUCGCUAAGAGAAGGAAUUGUAGAUGCUUGGGGCGGGAUUUUGUUAGCUUUCAAGGGAACACCAAAAGCAAACCUGCUGCAACAAUACGUGGAACCUAUUUUCGCUCUUCUCCAAAUGAUUGCACAAGAUCAAAACCAAAGUGAGGGCUUGCUUCGCGCUGCGAUGGGUGUUGUUGGCGACCUUGCAGACGCAUUUCCAAACGGCGAGAUCUCCCAAUGGUAUAAACACGAAUGGGUUACCAGAUUGGUCAAAGAAACCCGUACGAACCGUGAUUUUUCCGCUCGCACAAUCGAUACAGCACGCUGGGCACGAGAACAGGUUAAGCGUCAACUCGGGGCUGCACAGCAUCAAGCGUCCGACGCAUUGGCUGAUCUUAGAAGGAACCACCGUUUCCGCCCAUCCUGCCAUGAGAAUGGUUUGCAACCCGACAAUGAACCAACGAACCGCCCUUACACUACCAGAGCCGUCCUACAACCACGGUCUCGAAAAGAGAUCCUUCACAAGAAUGGAGUCUUACAGCAGCACCGCCUCAACCGUGUGCUCGAGAACGAGCAUCACGAGCAUCACGGACUUAUCGAACUCCCUUGUGACGAAAUAGGCAAUUUUUACCCCAACACACCUGUCAACUCUCCUCCUGGUUUUGCAACAAGCAUUGAAGAUCGGCUCCAGGGGCUACUUGAUGGCUGUCCUAGGGAUCUGAUUCCGAGCUCUGGACCUCCAUACACCCAAUAA